AUGGCUGACGGGGAGAUAGCAGAGGUUAAGCACCCCUUUUUACUCCCGUCUCAGAUCCCGUACUGCGGCAGUCCGCUAGUUCAGCCAGUAGGGAUGCGGAACGCGGCCUGUUCCUUAGAGCUAAGCUCGACUGACCAUGAAGCUAUAAGGUAUUUCCGGAAGACGGUUGCCACAAUUCAUCACACCAAGAAUCCUGAGUUCUCGGUUUACGCGAUAAUAUUUGACAUCGCGAAGGACAAUGCAAUGGUCAUGCACCUUGUGCUCGCUCUUGGAGGCCGUGAAAUCGAGUUUCGUCGUAAUACCAUCACUGGCCGGGCUGACGAUAGAGGCCCGGAAAGCCCUUUGCAGCACUAUUGUGCAGCACUUCGUCUUGUAUCAGAAUCUUUGGAAAUGCAGCAGAGGGGGUUAGGCGACCUGGAGGCUUUGUGCUCUGCCCUAUUCUUGAUGCUCAUGUAUGAACAAAAGUUCGGCGAUGUUCAAGGACUCGGUCUCACAAACCACCUCAAUGGCGCGGCCUGGGUCAUUACACACUAUUGCAAGGAGAUAGCUGCCUCUAUUGUCGGAGCUGUUGGCCGGGCGGCUCGCCCUGCUGCCCUGGCAAGGAAGAGUCACGCGCCUAGUCAGCGCUCUCUUUUCAUGGCUCGACUGUUCAUUUGGAUUGCUAUUCAGGAUGCUGCUGCAUCCACGUUUCGCCUUGGAGGGCAACUCAAUCGAGCUCUGCAUCAGGCCAUCAAUAUUCAGGACUCGGCACCAUGGGAGAACUUCGAGCGCAUCAACCUCUUUUCUAGUCCCCUUUAUCGCAUCAUGUGGGCAGAUCGGUAUCCGCAAGUCGAAUUACUCGACGACAUAGAAAACCAUCACAUCUAUGGCCUACUUUGUGCUUCUAGUCAGCUGCGAUGCAUGGUUGCAAAUUUCAGUUUGCUGGACGACCUUGGCAAGCAGCGCCAAGAGCCGGUCAUCGAAAACGCGAUAGAGAAAGUAGGGUAUUACUAUAACGACCUGUUUCAGGUAGCAGGAGGGCUUUCUCUUGACACGGAUAAUUCUCAUCGACUGGUGGCUAACAUUCGCGGCAUUGUUCCACACUACUACGCUGUUGUACUCGAGUUUCAUCGGGCUAACCCAAGAAGAAAACCUCAAGGCCAAGUGCAAGAGAUAAUCGAACUGAUCAUGAGUCUCGCCGCGCAAGAUUAUAGGCAUGGGGGGGAUGGGUCUAUGGUUCGCAUUGCGUGGCCGUUGUUCGUCACAGCGAUAGUCACAGACAAAUGUCGAUACCAUGACUGGAUACGGAACCGACUACAAAGUAUUAGCAAGUACGGGAAAAAUUAUGAGCGAGCCUAUCAAUAUCUGGUCAAAAUGUCCCAGGUGGGGAACGCCGUGGGAAGUAGGGCAGGCGCCCUAGAGGCAUUGGAUUCUGUAGGUCUAGAAGCUUUUGUAAUUUGA